AUGAAUAUUUCGCUGAGCUCUGUCUGCAUCUCGGCACAGCUUAUGCUCGUUUCGAUUGUGGCUGAGCGAUGGGUAGCUGUCGUUUUUCUUAGUAACUAUGAGAAAGGAUAUAGGAAACUUGGACCAGCAUUGAUAGUAGCUGCUGUUGUGAUCACCAUUGGUAUCUGUCUUUUUCUGUAUUGGGGUGAGACAUUCGACGAGCCACAGAUCAAUGCUCGAGUGCUCCCGAGCACCAUAUUUCUUCGAGGGAAUACGUUAAUAUUCGUAUUGUUAGCUACGAACUUCACCGGCUUUGCUCUGACGAUCGCAUUGCGCUUUGUUAGACCGAAAUUGCAGAUACGGUAA